ACCUACAUACAUCUAGCAGUACAAUCUCUAUGACAGCAGCAAACUUAUUUUUGUAUAAAAAAACAAACGUUUUUUUCCCAACAUCUCUCUCUCUCUCUCUUCUCUCUUCUCUCUCUCUCAUAAGCUAAACGGCAGACACACACAACCUAGAAGACACUUUUUCCAAAGCACCUCACUUCCAUCCCUUGUCCCCCUGCUCUCUCCCUUGCCUUCAUGUCCACUGCAAGGUAUGCUCAAAGCUCAAAACUACUUUCCGAAAUACCAAGUGAAUGGCAGCAAGACCAUGAGGUAGGGAAGAAGAUCAAGAGUGAGUCCGCGGCGGAGGCGGACCGGAUGAUGGCGGCAGCACGGAGGAGUAGCAGCCUGCCUGCAGCAGGCGUCGGACCAGGAUCAACACCGUCGUUCAACACGAUGACCCCAUGUGCCGCGUGUAAGCUGCUCCGGCGGCGGUGCGCGCAGGAGUGCCCCUUCUCACCUUUUUUCUCGCCGCUAGAGCCGCACAAGUUCGCCUCCGUUCACAAGGUCUUCGGCGCCAGCAACGUCUCCAAGAUGCUUCUGGAGGUACACGAGAGCCAGCGCGGCGACGCGGCCAACAGCCUGGUGUACGAGGCGAACCUGCGGCUCCGCGACCCCGUCUACGGCUGCAUGGGCGCCAUCCUCACCCUGCAGCAGCAGGUGCACGCCCUCGAGGCCGAGCUCGCCGCCGUCCGCGCCGAGAUCCUCAAGCACAGGUACCGCCCUGCCGCCGCGGCGUCCGCGGUGCCCAACGUGCCCCCGUCCUCGCACGCCUCCCAGCUCCUCGCCGCCGGAGGCCACCGGCCGGCUGGGUCGCUGGGGCUGGCCGCGCCGGGGGCGGGGCCUGUGCCUUCCGCGUCGUCGUCAACCACGGUGUAUGCCACGGCGUCGAGCUCCACGGACUACAGCUCCAUCACGCACGAGAAUGUUCCAUAUUUUGGUUGAGGCCGUUGUACUAGUCUAGCGUUAACGACUGAGAGCUUCUUUGGAUGUAACUUAAUUUUGUUUGCCUCUUUUCUACACGUAGUAGACCUUGCGAAAGUACUGGAAUAACAGGCUUUUUCUGGAAAUUAUUUUGCUUUAA